AUGACCUCACAAAUUUAUCCUCAACCUCCGUAUCCCUUGCAUGAUUCCAUCAAGGAUCUGCUUGAUGGGGCUUAUGUUAAGUUCUAUAACCAGCAUCUUCUGAACGCCCCUCAAGUGCAUUAUCAGCCCGUUUCCAACUCCCGGGUUGGAGGUAGACUCAUUCCAGGAGGCACUGAUCCCGUACCCGUGGGCAAGACUGUGGAUAUCCAAAUUGUUCGCAAAGAAUCCUCCGGGCCGGAUGUACCAGUCAGGGUAUUUGUUCCGCCUGGAACUGCGCCUGCGACUGGGUGGCCUGUCUUUCUGUGGUAUCACGGCGGCGGCUGGGUACUGGGCAACAUCGACUCAGAAAACAGUCUUUGCACGAACGUAUGCACUCAAGCCAACUGUGUGGUCAUAACCACCGACUACCGUCUGGCACCCGAGAACCCCUUCCCUGCAGCAGUCCACGAUGCCUGGGAAGCGGUGCUGUGGGCGGUCACCGGCGUGGCUGGCUCACGCUUGGAGCUGGGCUUUGAUAUGAACAAGCUUACCAUCGGCGGAUCAAGUGCAGGAGGAAAUUUGGCUGCUGUUAUGACCCAGAAGGCCCUGACUCACGAGGCGUUUGCGAAGCACCCCGGCUUUCGGUUCCAGGUCCUAGUUGUCCCUGUCAUGGACAACACGGCGACCGUCGAGUCGAGCACAACAUAUAAAUCAUAUGAGCACACAGCCGCCCUUCCCGUUGAUAAGAUGUUGUGGUAUCGACGUCACUAUCUUCCGAACGAGGUUGAUUGGAAAUCACCAGAUGCCUCGCCACUGCUGGCAACUGCCGAUACAUUUGCGAAGCUGCCGUCAGCCUUGGUUGUCGUGGCUGGCCUGGAUGUUUUGAGGUGGGAGGGCGAAGAGUAUGCGAAGAAGAUGGAGGAGGCGGGCGUCGCAGUUGAAGUGAAGGUCGUGGAAGGCGUUCCGCAUCCUUUCAUCGUUAUGGAUGCUGUGCUGCCGAAGGGCAAGGAGGCGGUCAGCUUCGUUGGUGAACGACUAUCGGCCGCUCUU